UCUCAACAUGGCCGAGUACUUGGCGUCGAUUUUUGGUACCGAAAAAGACAAAGUAAACUGCUCCUUCUAUUUUAAAAUUGGAGCAUGUCGGCAUGGCGACCGUUGUUCUCGUCUCCAUAAUAAACCUACCUUCAGUCAAACAAUUGUAUUAUUGAAUGUUUAUCAAAAUCCACAGAACAGUGCACAGACUGCAGAGGGCACUCAUUGCUUAGGAGAUAUUGCAGGAUUACAUCGUACAGUUAAGGGCAUGAGUGAUGUGGACAUGCAGAAGCAUUUUGAUGAUUUCUUUGAAGAGGUGUUCACUGAACUUGAUGACAAAUAUGGAGAAAUUGAAGAAAUGAAUGUAUGUGAUAACAUUGGAGAUCAUCUCGUAGGCAAUGUGUAUGUUAAGUUUCGUAAUGAGGAAGAUGCUGAGAAAGCUGUGAAUGAUCUUAAUAAUCGUUGGUUUAAUGGUCAGCCAAUCAGAGCAGAGUUGUCUCCAGUGACUGAUUUUAGAGAAGCUUGUUGUCGACAGUAUGAAAUGGGUGAAUGUACCAGGGGAGGAUUCUGUAACUUCAUGCACUUAAAGCCUAUAUCUCGUGAACUCCGCCGAGAACUCUAUGGAAGACGUGUCAGAACAAAAAAGAGGUCGCGUUCUCGGGAUCGCAAGUCAAGGUCUCGCAGUCGUGAGAGGUCACGUCGGUCCCGCAGCAGAAGUCGUGAUAAAAGGCGAUCUCGUAGUCGUAGUAAAGAUAAAGAUCAUCGGAGCCGUAGUAGAGAACGAUCAGGGCGUUUUUAGAAAAUUGAUUUUUGUGUUCUAUCGAUUGUUUGUCGUUUAUUUUGGUAAAGUUUGUUAUAUGAUUUGUCUUCAUUAUUGCCAGCUGUUCCUUCGAGAAAUGACAGAUUUAGAUCUACUUGUAUUACAUUUCUAGAUUACAACAUUAUUUAAAUUUUUGAAAAAUGCCUCGGUCACCACCAAUUAUGUUUUUUACUUGUGUUGUAUAUGUCGCAUUUGACCCAGGGCUCCCACUACCUAUUUGUCAAUUCAUCAAAAACUAAAUUUAUUGGUAAGAUGCAAAACAAAAUUAAUUUUGGCUAUCUGAAAUGGAUGACAAAACAGUGACUUGAUGACC